AUGACUGUCGAUGACUCGGAGGACCCUGACCAGAUGCAGGAGGAAUGGUUGGACUAUGACUUUGAUCCUGCCUCCCUUGGUCAUUCCUCUCAGGAGUCGGAGUGGUCAGAGCCUCAAGAGCCGAUCCAGGUUGAGCCAGAGCCCAAGAUGCAUGCUGCUUCCCCCUUGAGUUCAUCUCCCGCUCCUUGGCGUUGUGCUUGUUGUGACUCCCACGAAUACUAUGAGCUGAACUCCAUUUGGACAUGCAGCCGCUGUGCCUCCACCGACUUCUACCAGCCUACGAGGCCCAUGAAACGGGUCACCACCAGCGGAACUUGGAUGUUUGUCCCUCACCAUGCCGAUGGGUCUGAGCCUCAGGUUGCCAAAGCACGAACCCGGCGCCGUCGAAGAGCUCGGAUGACCACGGGACCACCAGUUGGGCCGCCGAGUUCAGAUGCUGGUGAAAGAGCUGAGUCGGAAACCCCGACCGUGGACCCUGUGACUGAGCCGGAUCCUCAUCCUAAAGCUCAACCAGGCCCAAGACUUCCACGGCCGCGACCACAGCGCCAUGACCGAGCACUACAACAUGACAACACCGCGAACGAUGUGAACGCCCUUUCCGUCGAUGCAGGCACCAGCCCAAAACCGGCAAGGCGACAGACCUCUGAAAGCUCCUCUUCAUGGAAUUCCAGGAAAGGGCCAGAGCCUGGAAUCAAGUGGAAAAGCGGACAGUAUCCACCUGUCCCUGUCUGGAAGUAUGACAUCCAGGACAUGAGAGCCUUCGCCAAGUACAAGAAGAAAAUAGCCAUAUGGCAGUUGCAGAUGAAAGCUUACGCAUCCCCUAAGGAUCAAGCGCUUCUGGUUUACAACUCCCUCACGGGGGAACCUGAACAAGAACUCGAACAUGUCCCGAUCGACGAGAUCUACGUGGACACCGGAGUCCAGAAGAUUUUGGAGCUGCUUCAACGACCCUUUGAACAACGAGUCAUUUACCAAAAACGGCGCUUCUUGCAAGAUUUCGAACAGAUGAGGCGCUAUGCUGGUGAAUCGAUGCGUGCAUAUGUGUUGAGGUUCAGGCGGGUGCAACGCUCGCUCACCGCGGUGGGCGUCAACCUCGCUGCUACCUUUGAUGGCGAAGCACUCGGCUCCAGGCUCCUCGACCGUUCAGGACUUUCUCAUGCUGACCAACGGUUGGUCCUAGUGGGGACGCAACAAAGUCUGGAAUUUGAGGCCAUUGCAGAAUGUCUUGUGCUGCAUUGGCCCGAGUUUCGUGCGCCUCCACUUGUCGUGAACAAGGACGGCAAAGGAGUUGGCAAAGGAAGCAAGAGUGGUCCACCUCCUACUCCCUCUUCGAGCUCCACCUCAUUCACUUCAUCCUCACAGACUUCCAAAGGAAGCCAACGUGGUUUCCCACGCCGGCAGGCCUUUGUCGCGAAUGCGACGGAGGGACCAGCCGAGGAGGAUGAGUUCCUGGAGGCCAUCGAGGAGGAGGCUGAUUUGGAUGCUGGGCCUGACGGCCAAGAGGACGAGCCGGCGGAUGCCGGCGAAUGUGAAGAUGAUGGAGAAGGCCAAGAGGCCGACGCAGACCUGUCUGAGAUUGCGGACAUUCUCACGGUGACCGCUCGGAAGCUUUCAGGAGUCACCUUGGGCCGGAAGUUCACGACCACCAACCCGUCGAAGAAGACCCGCCUUCCUCCGGAUGAAUUGAAGAAAAUCACGCAUUGCAGUGCGUGCGGGGGUCUAGGCCACUGGGCCGGGGAUCCUCAAUGUCCUCACGGUGCAAAAGGCGCCAAAGGAGGAUCAAAAGGCAAGACGCAACAGCAGACCUCAGAGAAGGGUCAAAAGAAUGCCCAUGCCUCUUCGUCGUCUUCGUAUCGGGUUAGUAUGGUACAUCAUGAUGGCGGAACCGACAUCAUUGAGCACGAUCCCUCCGAAGAGUCUGGUUAUGGUACUAUGUUCACCAUCAACAUGAUUGAGUGUGGUUCACCAUUUUCAGUCCAUGAGGUUCGCUGCACCCCCAAGGUUUUUGAGGGCAUGAUGAUCAUCGAUUCCGCUUGUCAAAGAAAUUGCUGCGGCCAAGAAUGGUUUGACCACCAUGUGGAGUACCUCAAAAGCUAUGGCAUGAUCCCCAAGAUCACGGAGUGCCACGAGACCUACCAGUUUGGAAAGGGAUCCCCAACGGUUGCUACCAAGAAGGCAUAUCUUCCUUGCAUCAUUGGUGGACAGCCCCUGUUGCUUGGCGUGGCGCUCCUCCCCGAGAAGAUUCCAUUUCUUGGCAGCAACAGUUUGUUGGACAUGUUGCAAACCAACCUUCGUCUUCCCGCACGUCGAGCCGAGUUCGAGCUUUUGGGGAUUGAUGUUGAACUUCAUCAAGUUGCUGGGCACUUUGCCAUCAAGUUGUUUGAUUGUGAUGUUUCUCAACAACCACAUACAUGGCAUGUUUGGAAGCGUUUUUCACAACCUCAUUUGUGGCGCUCACCUCAUGCAGAGCUUCUUUUGCCACCGCCUCAGAUGAGCCCUUGGAAGAUGAGACAAGCGCCCCCGCAAUGGCUGGUGGCGUGGAAAAGACUGGUACUCGCCAUGUCCGGCUAUGUCUCCAACCUGAUCACCUACAUGGCCAAGGCAGCAAGACUUCAUCUGGUGCCACCAGAUUUCCUCUCGAGGGCAUUCCCACCUUACGACGCUCACCAAGUUCUCAGCCCGAAGGAGUGCGACCACCUCAAAGUGAAGAGACAUGGGAAUGCUCACGGCCGCUUCGCGACGUGUCUGGGCUGCAACAUGAAGUGGCGAUGGAACGCCGCGUGCGAGAACAUAAUGGGAGCCAAGAACUGGGUCACAAAGCUCCUCUACGCAGACUACGAAGUGGCUGCAUUGAGCAAGAGCAAGGGCAAGAGCAAGCCCAAGACCAGUCAGAGGCGACCUCCCUACGCCCAGACUACAUCCUCAGCGAGCUCUACGGCAACCACCUCCCGAAUGUCCAAUUGGACGAAUUUCGACACAUGGGACUUGAACGUGGACCACCUCCCAGCGGAGCUUCGGCACGAAGUCCAUCUGAUUUGCGAACAGGAUUCACCACUGGAUGCCGAGCCCAGCAACCUGGCCGAGUACAUCUUCCUGAACGAGGAGAUCCACGAAGCCGGCCGCAGAAAGAUGGAACACACAGCCAAUCAGAGGCGCGUCAGACGCCUGAUCGAACUGGGAGUGAUUGCCGAGCAGCCGGCCAACGAGGACGAGGACGAGAUGUUCGACUGGUCCCUCCAGGACUAG